AUGCAGGCGAGUUUCACAAGCUCACUGAAUUUCCUCUAUUUUAGCUUCGUGAAAGCGUCGGGAUCUGCGACCGAUGCUGCAGGCGCUGCGAAUCAAAAAGUUCCAAUACGCGAUGGCCCUCGGAAUGAUGACGGCAGCUCCGAAACUCCCCAGCCCAACUGGCGGUCUGAGAGAUUUUGUUGGACUCUUGUUACUGCGCCACCAAGUUGUCUAACCGAGACUGAAGACAUAAGUCUUCUGCCUGCAUCACAAGUGAAGCAAGAUAUCAGUUGGUUCGCGUAUAGCAGCGAUUCGCCCAAUUUCAUGCUUUUCGUUGCGUGCUGGACAGCCUUCAUCGCAACUCCCUAUCUUGCCUUGGCGCCAGUAUUCUUCCCCCAGUUGGCGCAUCGGAUCGUCAUCCCAGCUGUCGAAGUGAUUACCAUGAUAUUCUGGUUCGCAGGAUUCAUCGCCCUAGCUGUAUUCCUUCCACCAGCAGAAGCCUGUCACUGGAGCCGUUGCAGCGCAUUACAGGCCGCAACCGUGUUUGGUGCACUCGAGUGGGUACUAUUUCUGGUUACUUCCGUUUUUGCUGUCCUCGGCAUUUCGCGUACCCGGUCCAGCUCCAGUACGAAGCCCACCCCUAACGAUCAUACCCACGUUGGCGUCUAA